AUGAAAUAAUAUUAAUCAUAACCAUAAAAAUCACCCUCAAAUAGAGAAAAGAGUAAUACGGUUUUUACUUAAAUGGAAUCGGUUGAACAUUUUUACUCUAAUGAACAUAAUUAGCAUGAUCAAUAUUUCAAUCAGAUUAUUUAAAUGCUUUAAAAAAGGCAGGAGUUUUAAGAAUAAGAAUACAAAAUCAAGGUCACUUCUUUAGAAAAAAGGAUUAAAUACCUAAUUUAGAUUAGUUCCUAAUUGACACAAUAAAACACUCAGCUAAAAUUAUAAUAUUCUGAUUUAGCCAAAGAAUACGAGAUUUUGAAAGCCAGAAUUAUCAACUAUGAAUCUACUAUGCAAAACAAGAAUUAGGACUAUUCGUUAAAUCUAGACGAUUUAAAUAGGUUGAGAAUUGAAAGGGAAAAACUAAUAGGCUUAGCUAAUAAAUAUCAUGAAAGAUCAAAAAUAAGAAAAAAAUAAAUUAUAGACUAAGAGAACACUAUCACUCUCCUAUAAAAUUAAGUUGAUGGUUUGAAUAAGGACAAUUUGUUAUUGGCAUCAGAAAAAUAAAAUUUAUUAAUGCAAUUUCAAUAAAACUUAUAAUUUGUAAAUUAAUAACAAAAUAUUUUGGAAGAGGACAUUAUAAAUAAAACAUAACAAAUAGACCUAUCAAAUAAAAAUGAAAUACAAACAAUUAUCACAAGAUUCUUAAAUGAUUAUUGUGCUCAUCUAACCUACAUAAAUAAUGAGACAAAUCAAUUAAUUCUUUUAAUUAAAGAAUAUCACGACAUCAAUCUAGAUGUCAAUAAUUAGUAGAAAUAUAAUAGACUCAUUAAGCAAUUUGAUUCAUUAAUAACCAAAUAUAAUCAGAUGCUAGAAUAGCAAAUAAAAUUUCAAUAUUAAUUUAAUAUUUCAACAUAAGACAAUUUAUUAUUAAGUAAUAAUUCUAAGAAUUAGUUCUAACAUAAUAAUAAUGUAAAUAAUACUAUAUUAAGUAGUAAGAGGAAUAGCUAAAAUCAUUUUUAUCAAAAUAAUCUAAAAUAGGAUAUACUUAGAACAAGUAAGUUUAUUAAAAUCUAAUAAAUUAAUAUAUUUCUAAACUAAAUUGUUGAAUCGUUUAUUAUUUAUAUUUUUAGAAUCAGAAACUUAAAUCAUUAGAUUUUAUAAUCAGACCCAUCUCAUAAUGAAUAGAAAACUACCUUAAAGAAAAUUGUAAUUUUAAUAAUUGCAAUCAUAAGAAUGCAGAAGAAAAAGAAAUAUCAUGAUUAUAAACAAUUGGUGGUAGAAUUACCUAUUGAGGAGACUAUGUAUUAAUUACUAGAAAUAAUAAGUACAUAGUAAUAAUUAAUAGAGAAAUAUUAGGAGUGA